AACUCGGACAAUGAACUCGUUGUUUCCUUUCAUCUAAAAAAAAAAUCCACAUAAAAAAAAAUGAAUAGAAACCAAGUUGUUUAACUCAGUCAACCAAAUCCUGUGUGGAGAGAAAAGGUCUUUUCAGCCUUUACUCUGAUUGUGUGGGAGUCGUACACACCGACAUUUUUUGCAGCGGCAGGACCUCCUGCCCGCAUCAUCUGUCUCCCCGCGCUGCACCGCUUCUCCUCUCACGCAGAUCUCUAGGAGGUCCGCUCCAUGUCGGACUGCCUCCACGCACACACACGCACACGCACACACACCGCACACACCCUCUCCAGUACGGACCAUGGCUGCACGGAACACCGUCUCUCUGCUCGUCGGACUCCUGGCCCUUUUAUCCACCUGGGGAGUGGCGGCUAAAGUGGAGGUGAGCAUGGAGGACAGAGUGGAGGUGUUCAAGGGAGAGACGACCCCGAUCACCUGCAUGUUCACGUUACCCGAAGGCGUCAGCGGCGUGAUCAUAGAGUGGUUCUACGUGACAAAGAGGGGUGAGAAGCAGAGCCUCUAUUACCAGGACCCAAGCAAGAAGGUGGUAACCAAAGGCACACAAUUCACGGACCGGAUGAGUGUGAAUGGUACCGUAGCCAGCGGAGUGAUCGUGAUGACCAUCAGCGAUGUGCAGGUGGACGACGGAGUGGAAUUUAUCUGUUCCAUCAGAGAUCUUGUAGAAGGGACUGCAAAUGGACGCACAACGCUGAAGGUGUUUGCAAAGCCAGACCUUCCCACCAUCGAGGGUGUGAAGACGGGUUUCUCAAUUAAUGAACACAGCCUUUCCAAGAUUGGGACCUGCGAGGUCAAAAAUGGCUUCCCCAAGCCGAACAUCACUUGGUACAGAAACAAGACACCGGUGCGCCCGGCUCCGGGUGUGUUGGAGGUGGUGCCCAGCUCUAUAUUGGGAUCCAAUGGUCUUUUCACUGUCAAGAGUGAGCUGAACAUGGUGGUGAAGAAGGAGGACAAAGAUGAUCUGUUCUACUGCGAGAUCAACUUCUUUGUCCCUGCAGGAUGGGGGAUGACUGAGACCAGCGCUAUUAACAUCACUGUAUACUACCCCUCUACAGCUGUAGAUGUUUGGGUGGAGUCACCAAAGGGCAUCAUCAAGGAAGGGGACUCCAUUGAGCUUCACUGCCGUGGCAACGGGAAUAUGCCGUCCUCAAUCUUAACGUUCCAUCACAAUGGGGAGGACUACACUCCAGAAAACAAUGUGAUGGUCUUUCAUAAUGUCACCCGUCUAAGUAAUGGAGUAUAUGAAUGCAUCUCUACGGACACGGACACCUUCAAGGAGAUCAAAGGAAAAACCGUUGUGUUCGUCAACUAUCUCGAUGCAGCCGUCGUGGUGCCUGAAGACACCGUUUUGCUGGACCUUGGAGGGGAGCUGACGGCCACCUGCAACGCCCUCUCUUCUCUCCAGACAGAGACAGUCUGGAUGAAGUUCGGAGAGGAGGUUUCAAGGGGCCACAGUUUGAUCCUUAAGAACGUCACAUUUGACUCAGCGGGGACAUACCUGUGUCUGGUGACUGUUGAGGGAAUGGAGACCAACGGGACACUUAAUGUCAAAGUCCAAGGACCACCACAGAUCAUGAAGUCGGACCACACAGAGAUGGAGGAGAGCUCUGAGACCACAGUGAAUCUGAGCUGUAAUGUCAGAGGUUUCCCUACUCCAAGUGUCAUCUGGAUCACCGCUGAUGGAACGAUCCUCAAAGCAGAGUCUGAAGUGGAGCGUGAGGGUGAAGUCAUGAGCGUGGUCCGCAUCGAUGUCACCUCUGACAUCACGGCUUCCUGCAAGGCCUCCAACGCCCUCGGCACAGACUCGUUGACCUUCAACAUUAAAGCCAUCGUACACACCACCACCGUACCAGCCACCACUACAACUACCACUGGCACAGCAAAAAUCCCAGCAAAGAAAAUCAGGAAAGAGGGCACCGGUGUCGUCAUUGCAGUCGUCAUUAUCUGCAUCCUGCUGCUGGCCAUCUUGGGGAGUGUGCUCUACUUCCUCUACAAGAAGGGAAAGAUCUGUGGGCGGUCCGGGAAGCAGAGCCUCACUAAAGAGAAGUCGGGCAAAGACAACAUCGUGGUGGAGAUGAAGAACGACAACACCGAGGAAGCUGUGCUCCUUGGGGUCAACGGGGAAAAGCAAACGCCCCGCAACCAGUGAAGGACGCUGCCUACCUGGAUGUACAGAUGUGAAGAAGGCUGCUCCCGUACCUCCCUCUCAGGCUUAGACCGGCCCGACCCUUCCAGCUUCGGCCCCCAGCCCCCGUGACCCACAGUUAUGUCACGGGGAGAAGUCGCCGGUCCGUUAUUAUCCGUCUGGGUCUCGGGUGCUUCUGUGCUGCAGCUUUUGCUUACCGCCUGUUGCAUCCAGCAAAGCGUUCUGUUGGAAUGAGCUUUAAUGAGAUUUGUGCCCUGACGUAACUCCCCGAAUACUCCCCCCACCCCCAUGGAAACGAGGACUGUCCUUUGUCCUUUGUCCUGUUCCUACUACCAAAAGCCGUGCAUACUGCUGACUGUCGGUAGAAACAAUCAUUUGAGCACAUUGACCAGGGACAGUUUUUAUACGUAAUCACUGAAGAGCCACCUGAAACAGCUCUUUGCUUAGUGUACAUAUUAUAAUCUAUGUAUAUAUUUCUUUAUUUAAAAUAACAGAAUAGAAAAAAUAAACCAAAAAUAAACAACCAGAUAGUGUUAUAUUUAGUUUUGGUGCUCUUUUUGGAGAGCAAGACGUGCUUGAGUAGAUGUCUUUACUUGUAAUAUCUCCCUGUCUCUAUGCUUCCUGUUUAGCCUGCACACUGAAGCCUUUGGGGACGCAGCCCCCUGCAGACACACCAAAGUUUUCCUUUUAACUCUAAAAAACAAAAGUUUUAGGUCAUUUAAUCGCACAUGAUCCAUAUUCGUAGUAGUUCUUCUCUGCGGCUAACACGCUCGGCUUUACACUUCACAGUUUGUCUUUAUUGCAAGAUGGGUGAAAAAUAUUUUCAGCAUUUCACAUAGAAUGGUUAACAUUAUUUGAGGGUUCCUUUAACUUUGCUUUCCUUCACGGUCUAGUUUUAAAAUUGUUUUUGAUGUGUGUGUUUGAGUGGAAGCGUCGCCGACAGCCAUAUCAAAAAGUUACAGGUGCCUUAGAAAUGUAAUCAAAGCCUG